AUGGAUCAAUCUUCAAGGAGGAACAAGUCUUACCAUGAGACACACCCCGGUAGCUUCGACCCAAGCCAUCAAUUCCAGCCAUCAUCCUCUCACCCCAACCCCCAUCCCCACCCCCAUCCCACCCUGCAUAGGCCAAACCAAGGUGGCGUCUAUUAUGAUUCUCCUCAACAUGGGAUGUUACAACAACCAUACCAACAGCAUGGUGGGGUCCAUCAACAAAAUGAAUUCCAGCAUUUGCGUGAGUUCUCAGACUUCCAUGAUAAUGCUUUCUCCCAUCAUUCCUAUCAGCAGGACAGGGCCGGUGUCUCUACAUUACCUAGUAACAUCCCUCACGCUUAUGGUGGAGCUCACCCCCUUGCUGAGUCUCAGCACUCUGGUGGACCCCAGAGUGGACCUCCCCACCAAGAUGAUCCCCAUAGACCCAGUGAACUUUUGUCCCACCCCUCCUCUACUGGCAGCCACCAAGGGACAACCCAUCGACACCAUGAGAGGCUUCACCAUCUUAACCCCCAGCAGGACAGAGAUCAAUCUCAACAGGCAGACACCAUUUCCUAUCGCUCCAAUACGCGGCCCUAUCGCUCCAAUGCGCCAAGUCGCCAGGAAAGACAUCGCCUCCAAGCUGAUUCCCAGCAUGAGGGCCAGCGCGCCCACUCUCACCGUGGUGAGCGUGAUGAGCAUCCCCACCACAGGGAGCAACGACACUAUCACUAUCACGGAGAUCAUAUGCAGCGCAGAGAACGUAUCCAUCAUCAUCGCUCCCCAAGUGCCUCCCAACUCUCACACAAGUCUCACAGCACAGUUGCCACUUCUCCAUCUCAUGUGGGAUCGAAAAGCACAGCCAGUGGGGCUCGGUCCGUCUUUGGAGGUCGCUCUCAUGUUUUCAGCAAAACUCAGUCCAGGGAGAGCUUGAGAGAAUCGGCUUCUUUUAGUGAAGGGGAGGAUCACGUUCAGAAACGCAAAAAGGCCCAGAGGGCCCGCAAGAAGACGCACGGUGGAAAUAUCUUCCAAUUGCUAUGGGGAAAAAUAAGCCAUAUCCUUUUGAGUCUUCAACAAAUGAUAUUGUCACUGACCCAGUCCCUGGGCUUUGAGACCUUUAUCUUCAUCGUGGUCUGCCUCAACACAGUCAUCCUUGUGGCCCAGACUUUUACUGAGCUAGAGAUCCGAGGUGACCCCCUCUCCAUCACUGCCCACAGCAUCCUGACCAGCCUCCACGAAGUGGCCGGGACUCUGAGUGGAUCUUUGCCAUCCAUCACAGCUAUCCUCACCCUCAUGUUUACCUGCCUCUUCCUCUUCUCUGUGGUGCUCCGAGCACUGUUUCAGAACUCAGACCCCAAGCGCUUCCAGAACAUCUUUACCACACUCUUCACCCUGUUCACCAUGCUCACCCUGGACGACUGGUCCCUCAUCUACAUAGACAACAGGGCCCAAGGUGCCUGGUACAUCAUACCCAUCCUCAUGAUUUACAUCAUUAUCCAGUACUUCAUCUUCCUCAACCUGGUGAUUGCUGUCCUGGUAGAUAGCUUCCAGGUGGCGUUGCUCAAAGGCCUAGAGAAAGUGAAGCUGGAGCAAGCUGCCCGGGUCCAUGAGAAGUUGCUGGAAGACUCUCUGACAGAUCUCAACAAAGCAGACACCAAUGCACAAAUGACCGAGGAAACCUUGAAGACGCAGCUUAUUGAGGGAAUGUUUGGCAACAUGACAGUGAAGCAGCGGGUACUCCACUUCCAGUUCCUGCAGUUGGUGGCAGCGGUGGAACAGCAUCAACAGAAGUUUCGUUCCCAAUCAUACGUCAUUGAUGAGCUUGUGGACACAGCAUUCGAGGCUGGAGACGACGACUACGGGAAGUGA